UCGAACGGAGUGGCGGUCGCCGGGCCGUCAGGUGAGGUUACGCCGAGAGAGAGGGCGGCUUGUUUUCGAGCAUGGUCGAGGCUGAGUGUGAAACUGUUAGUCAGACGGAGGAGUUCCGCACAGUUGGGAGAUAGCAGUGAUUUGUUUCAGCCUGUCCUCCGGAGAGGCGAAGGCGACAAAGGAGGCGCCGGUAUCGAUGUCCGAAUCAGUUGAGUCAAAGCGGCUCGGUUUCUGAUCGAAGGGCUGUGUUUAUUACCCCCCGUCUUCACGGGAGAGCGGCCAUGGGGGUGAAGCUGAGGGAUUUCGGCAUCGUCCUGGUCGGUGAGGAGCUCGGCGGCUACUCGAGCGGGGACCUGGUGUCCGGCCGGGUGCUGCUGGAGCCCAGCGAGGGCCUGGCGGUGACGGCCCUGCGGCUGGAAGCCAGAGGCUGCGCCCGCGUCAACUGGAUCGACAAGGACAAGGCGGCGGCGGCUGUCCCGGGCUCGGCGGCGGUGCCCAGCAGGUACCGGGAGGAGGUGGUUUACCUGCAGCAUCGGCAAACCCUGCGGGAGGCGCCAGGUAAUCAAGGGUACUUCAUAUUGCAACCAGGAAAACAUGAAUUCCCAUUCAGCUUUCAACUACCACAAGGGCCUUUGGUUACAUCCUUCAAGGGGAAACACGGUAGCGUUAAAUACUGGGUGACAGCAAUAUUGGAGCGGCCAUGUGUCCCAAACCAAAUUGUGAAAAGAGAAUUCUCUGUGACAAGUCAAAUUGAUGUUAAUGCACCAAAUUUUCUGUCUUCAGUGUCAAAAAGUAAAGAGAAGACAAUUGGUUGUUGGUUUUUUACCUCUGGACCAAUAUCCCUAAGUGCCAGUAUUGAGAGAAGUGGAUUCUGUAAUGGUGAAGCAAUCCCAAUCUAUGCAGAGUUUGAGAAUUGUUCUUCGCGCCUUAUUAUGCCAAAAGCUGCAAUUUUUCAAACACAGACUUAUCUUGCAAAUGAGAAAACAAAGACCUUUCGACAAGUGAUCGCAAAUGUUCGUGGAAACCAUGUUGCAUCUGGUAGUACAGAGUCAUGGAAUGGGAAAGCUCUUAAAAUUCCGCCAGUUACUCCAUCCAUCUUAGAUUGCUGUAUCAUCAGAGUGGAAUAUUCUUUAGCUGUCUAUGUACACAUUCCAGGUUCUAAAAAACUGAUGAUUGAGCUUCCCAUAGUUAUCGGCACCAUCCCAUACAGUAGCUUUGGAAGCAGAACAUCUAGUAUGUGUAGCCAGUUCAGUAUGGACAUGAGUUGGCUUCAACUUGCCCUGCCAGAACAGCUUGAAGCUCCACCCAACUAUGCGGAUGUUGUAUCUGAGGAAGAUCUUGCCAGGCAAUUUCCAUCCCUCCCGCAGGCUGAUCAUCUGGAGCAUGAAUUUGGGAGCCCAAUGUUUGCUUACAUUCAGGAGUUCAGAUUUCAGCCACCACCAAUUUAUUCCGAGGUUGACCCAUACCCUUCCUUCGCAGAAGAGAUGCAACGAGAAGUAUCAUUUGAAAUUUGACAGUUUUAUAUCUUUUACAUUCGUUCAUCUUUUGGUUGGUUUAAAACUAAGCAUUGAAGAAGUACGGAGCAUCUUCAGCAUUGCAAAAAUAUUUGAAAGGAAGUGAAUGGUGGCCUGUGGUGGGCUGAUCGAUAGUAGACUGAAUUGCAUAAGAGAAUUCUGUUUAGGAAACGAAGGGGCUGAAAGUAGUUGACAUAUUUGCAAGAAGUGUAAGUGUUAAACUUGCACCAAAUAUUGGAAGUAAAUGCAAAGCUUAGUCAACCAAAACACUACAGAGCAAUAAAAACCCCUCCACUCUAAAAUGAGUCCCUGACAGAACCCAAGCUUCCCUUUCAUUUAAGCAACACUUUAUGCUGAAUGGAAGGGGAUAUUCUUGCAAUCACUGGUACAGUAAUAACUAUUAAUGUGAGGAAGGGUUACUACCACUAAAUGACCACUAUGUUUGUCAGUUAAAGGAACAGAAAGCAGUUUGGACUAUUCAAGACAGUUUGUUGGGAAUGCUGAAGAUUAAUGUUUACAUUUGUUUUUCUGUGUUCUGUUAAAACACAUGUACAAUGUUGCCUUUUACAAAGGGUGUUUUUCCAGUUCUCAAAAUUACUGUCAAUACUUUUUUAAUGUCGAGCAAAAGUAAUCACCAUAUCUGUAUUUGUAAAGUAACCAAAGAGUACGAUCUUGGACCUUUUUCAGUUAUAAGUUUGCACUCAUGUAUCUUAAAGGAAAUACUGUGUAUAAUUAUCCAUCUUAUUAUCUUUACAAAUAGUUGUAAAUGGCAAUUUUUGAGUGCAAAAAAAAUUUGUCUAAAUUCUGUCCCAGUACGGGGAAGUGGGAGUUAUUGAUUGAAUGGUUAGAGGGAUCGAGGAGAUACUCAGGAUGGUUAUGUAUGCUGUUAAGUCGUUCAUUACAAAGGACUAUCUAGUGUGCGGCUGUGUUUUUGCCAUGUGUUUUCUAUAAAGGUGUUUGCAUAUUGGUAUUUGAAAGAAUGUUCUUUUGGCUGCGUAAGAAUUAUUGGAUGAUGACAAAGUACUUAAAAGGGCUGUCAUUGAAAUAUAGGGCGAAAUGCCAAUGUUACGUUUAAAGUGUCCCCCUAAAUUAAUAGUAUGCAACCUUUUUUUAUAGAAAAGCCACGUGGGCGGCACGGUGGCACAGUGGUUAGCACUGCUGCCUCACAGCGCCAGAGAC